ACAAUCGCUGAUAAGUAUCAAGGCCCAAAAAACUAUUAAAAAAAUAUACGAUGUUAUCAAAAAUUAUAACUAUAUUUUAUCUGGGAAUACUUUCACUCUGCUGUUUGUCUAUAAAGCACAUAUCUACUAAUUGGAAAUUACUUAUUCUUUAAAUUGAAUGAUUAACGAAUAAAAUGGUCAAUGAAUUCAAGGUUCUUAGAUUGCUAUAGUUCUGCCUUACAUGACUAUGUGUCACAUAUUGUUAUCAGUACAUGUAUCAAUUUGUAUAGAGAACAUAGUUUUAUUACAGCAGAACUACUAGUUCUAUUACAGCAUUUAAAAGGAACUGACACUGGAUUUAUUUUAAGUUUCUUAAGUUUAUCUAUAUAAUUUGAAAUAAUUGAAAAUUAUAUUAAACUUACAUUAAUCAUGGAAGAAAAUUAUAAAGAAGUACAUCUCGAUAUCACACUAGAUGAAAAUGAUGUUAAAAAUGGAGCCAUAGAAAUUAUAAAGCAAAUAAGACCAUCUUGGCCAUUGGAUCAACUACAAUUCAAGUUUUUUAAUCAUGGAAUAACUAAUAAACUUGUAGGAUUAUGGUAUCCAGGUUAUUACAAUGAUAUGGUUUUAAUUAGAAUUUAUGGGCAUAAAACAGAUUUGCUUGUUAAUCGAAAAAAUGAAAAAAAAGCUAUUAAGAUAUUACAUAAAAUUGGUUUUACACAUUCCCUUUAUGCAACAUUUAAUAAUGGUUUCGCCUAUGAAUUUCUUGAGGGUGAUAUACUUACCACUGAAACUGUUAAACAACCAGAAAUUUAUAAAUUAGUAGCUAAACGAAUGGCAGAGAUGCAUGCAAUCGAACUUAAUCAAAGUGAAGUAUCCAAAGAACCAAUUAUUUGGAAAAAAACUGAAAAAUUUAUGGAGUUUAUGCCUAAAAAAUUUUCUAAUCCUUGUAAACAGUUAAGAUUUGCGAAAUUAAUAAAGCCUUAUACCACAUUGGAAAAAGAAUAUCAGUUUUUAAAGGAACAAUUGUCAAAUUUAAAUAGUUCUAUAGUAUAUGCACAUAAUGAUCUUUUAUUAUCAAAUAUAAUUUAUAAUCAAAAGAAAAAUAGUGUAACUUUCAUUGAUUAUGAAUAUACUGGAUAUAACUAUCAAGCCUUUGAUAUAGCCAACCAUUUUAUAGAGUUUGGAGGUAUUGAUUCUCCUGACUAUUCCUUAUAUCCUGAUGAAAGUUUACAAAAAGCAUGGUUAAAAAUAUAUUUAGAAUCAUAUUAUAAAAGAAAUAAUAUACUUGAAAGUGAAAUUGACCAAUUAUAUAGUCAAGUGAAUAAAUUUGUUCACUUAACACACUUCUUUUGGGGUUGUUGGGCUCUUAUACAAAGCCAAUAUUCGUAUAUCGAUUAUGAUUUUUUGGGGUAUGCAGCAAUAAGAUUCAAUGAAUAUUUUAAAAACAAGACAAAUUUUUAAUUUAUAAUGAGAAGAAAGGAAUUAAAUCAACUACUGAUGUCAUUUAUGUAAACAUUCCAUAUAAUUUAUAUAUUACAAAACUUUUUUAUUUUCAAUUUUCUAUAUAAGCAAAAAAUUAAUAAAUAGUAAUAUAUUUCGUAAAAUUCUUCAUGGUAUUA